AGAGAGGGAGCGAGAGAGAGAGGGAGAGAGAACGGGUAUGAAUGGGUCGCGUUCAGUAGCCAAGGAGCGCACGAGAAGUUAUGUUGUUCGUUUGAUUCAAAGCGAAGGAAGGAACUUGGACAAUCAGCCCCAGACUUCACAGAAGAUUCAUUUUAUGAUAUAAAAAAAAAAGCUAUCGGCAAAAUACAACUCUUACGGAGUCAUUAAGACUGGACUACUCAGCACUCUUCUGAAAAUCCUGUUAUGGUUUUGAAACGCACAAUGUUUGACGGGGAAUGCACAACUAUGCUCUGAGCUGAAGCGACGGUUCGGGCAAUGAACGUUUUGUCGUAGGGAGCUUUGUGGAAAAUAUUCUACGUCUCUGAAACUCUCAUAUAAAUGGCAAUGGGUUUUCUCACGCUAUUCUUUGCCAGCGUAUUACUGUGUAGGACUAAUUCACAAACAGUACCUGACACAGUGCUGAACUGCUGUGAGGGAGAUGUGUUGAUCUUGCUGGAUGCGUCCGGCAGCAUUGCGUCCUAUGAGUUCUCGCACAUGGUCAGUUUUCUGGCCGAGCUGCUGCAGCCUUUCUCCCUGGGCCCUGAGGAGGUGCGCUUCAGCCUGCUGCUGGUCGGCACCGAGCCGCGCGUGGAGUUCGGCUUCGAGACCCACCGCACCCAGCAGGCCUUGCAGGAGGCCCUGCGCCAGGUCAAGCAGCUCCGCGGGGACACCAACACUGUGAAGGCCCUGGAGAUAGCCGGUGAGCGGCUGCUGCCUCAAGGGGUCCCGGGCGGAACCAGGCCCAACCUGCCCCGGGUCCUGUUGUGGCUCACAGAUGGCGUGGACCCGGGACAGGUCAGCAAGCCCAUGAAGGAGCUGCGCAACGAGGGUGUGGACGUGCUCGUGGUCUCCACGGGGCACGGGAAUUAUCAGGUGCUACGCGAGGUGGUGUCCGCACCUGUGGAGGAGCACCUGUACUUUGUGGACAUCGACGACAUUAACAUCAUCCUGGAGGACGUGAGGAACGCCAUCAUCGAGAUAAUUAGGGCGGAGCGGCUGCAGGUGCGAGAUGUGUCCACCCGCAGUGCUACGCUGCACUGGCGGCCCGUUCUGGCAGGCUCCGGCUACUAUGACAUCAGGUUUGGCCCUGUGCCCUCUGGAGCUGAGACUGGCCCUGCCGGGGGCCCCGGCACAAGCCCCGGAACCGGCGCCGGCCACCACCAGCGCAUCAGCCGGCCCGGCGAUGCCAAGACUGCCCAGCUCACGGGCCUGAGGCCGGACACCAAGUACAAGGUGACUCUGAGGCCGGAGUCGAACCUGGGCAUCCUGAAAACCCUGACCACUUACUUCACGACGCAGUCAGAGGUGCUGAGUCCGGCUACAGUGACCGUGUCAGAGUCCACGUCGAACAGCGUGCGGGUGAGCUGGGGCCCUGUGCAGCCGGACUCGGUACAGAGCGUCCAGGUGGAGUACUCGGCCCUUCCCGCCGGCAAGCUGCAGAUCGCCAAGGUCAACAAACAGCAGAACUACACCGUGCUCCGGAACCUGGAGCCGGACACGCAGUACCUGGUGACCGUGAGCGCCAAGCACGCGUCGGGCGGCGAGAGAGCCAUGUCUGUCAAAGUCUGCACCCAGGAAGUGUUGCCAGCCCUUGCGGAUUUGCAGCUCACCACAGUAGGAAGUGACUCCGUCCAGGUCCAGUGGAAGGGAGCGGAGGAGGGGCUGCGUGGUUACUGGGUUACGUGGGAGGGAGAUCAAAGCCGGGUGAGUCAGGCCGCCGCCCGAUCCACCCUGUAUCUCCCGCCCAGCUCCCUGUCCACCACGCUCAAAAACAUGCCGCCGAGCGCCCGCGUCUGCGUAUCGCCCGUCUACCGUACGGCCAGAGGGGAGGGUCUGUGCUGUACAGCCCACUUCAAAGAUGCAUUGACCUGGGGCUACAAAUCAUAGCCCAUAAGCCCUCUUGCAGAAGCCAGCCAAGCAUCUUGACAUGGAUGGGAGGACAGGGCUGGAGACGGGAGACCAGACCCCAGAAAUCACUGGAGCACUUAUCGCCAGCAGACGAGGCCUCUCCGUCCCUCACACAGCCGCACACAUGCCUACACGCACGCCUGCGCACACACACACACACACACAUAUGUACAUGCACACACCCACCCACGCACGCACGCACACACACACGUUUACAAUCUGUAAUCUGUUGCCUUUGACUGAAAACAGACCCUCAAACCUCAGAACUACCACUGGCAUUUACUUUGCGUCACUUCAAACACACACUUAUCGCACUACUGAGAGGUUCCGACUUCAGUAGCUAUAGGUGCUCUUAGAAUUUCUUUUUUUCGCAGGGAAAGGGGAAUGUACAGAAAAUGAAGUCUUAUGGAACAGAUUAAAAGAACAGAGUCUUUUGAAUAAUGUUGCCACAGUUAGCCAGAAUACUCCCCAUUUCACUUUUACCCACUUUGUAAAGGGAACAAUGAGCAAAACCAUGUUUAGAAAAUCCUGUUCACACGACAGAAUAGUAGCACAUAUGAAGGGAUUGAAAAAAAGACUAGGGCCGCACAUUUUGAUGCCACUGUGGCUUUCCUGCUCACCAAAACCUCAGCACUUAGUGAAAUGUCAGGGGUGGACAGUGGUUGCCCUCUUUUGAAAAACAGCUUGCAGAUGUUCUUAGCCUAAAGAUGUUACAGAUGUUGUGUAGUAGAGGAAGGCCCUUGUUCCGUUACCAUCCAGGCAGCCAGGAGCUAAGAACUAAAUCAGUGGUCACUCAUUCAGCUUCGUGUAUAUAUAUAAAGCCACAGAAUCGUCUCCUUGUUCUUAUGGAAUAUAAAGUUUUCAGCUGAACUGCAGGAAUUGCUUUCUCAUGUGUUUACAAAUCUCUACUGCCUCCCUGUGGAUUUGGCCAUGAUGUACUUUUUUUUACACCUUUGUAAAUGUUAUUAACUCUAGAUACACAUACACAUACUACUGCUACACUAAUCUGCUAAAAUAUUAAGAAAAUUUAAUUUCAAAAUAUUAUGUUUCUGAAUGUAUAAGAGAAUUAGCUCCUGCAAAAAUCCAAAUUCAAAAAUGCCUGUUUCAGGGAAACAGCCUUGAGUAAUGGGAAACUUCUGACUAGUAUAUGAAUGGUCAAUUCAAAAGGGAAAAAAUACCUAGGAACAGUGGUGAAGUUGCUUGGCUUUUCCAAAUGUGUUAAUUGUAGGACUGGCAUUGUUUUGGCAUGCUCUUGUUUGUUACUGUCCUGCUAUUCAUAGGUUCUUAUUAUUUGCUGGUGCUAAGAGAUAUAAAAAGUCAUACUUAAAAUCAUGGAACAGUACUAGUUGAACACACCUGUUUGGUUUUUACAAAGUAGAAGCUCUCAUCACAGUAGUUUCACCUUCAUUUUCUUGCAUUAAACUUGACUGAUGAUUGCC